UUUUUUAUUUACAAACAGGUGAAGAAAUUGAGUUCAAGUAAAUAUUUAUUUGAUUAAUGAAAUUUAAAAUAAAUAAUUUAAAAUAAAGAGCUUGUUAGUGAAUUUAAUUAAAUAAGAAUGAUAAUUAUUUAUACUUAUGGACGUAUGGAAGAUUUUUGGUUAUAAUUUUUUAACACAAGAUCUGAAGGUUUUUAAACAAUGAAUAAUAAUUUAAAUUAUUUAAAUAAACGUCAAGCGAUUUUGAAAGCUGGUACUGAUGUCGAAGAAGCUUUGAAAGUUAUUUUGAAUACAUUUAAAGGUUUUCAAGAUGAUUAUUUGUCACUACUAGAAGAUCAUCAACAAAUGAAAUUAACUCUACAAAAAUUACAAGAAGAUAAAAAAAAUAUAUGUGGCCAUGAUAAUAAAAAAGCUGAUGCUCCAGUUAAUUUAUUAAGCAAUAAUAAUAAAUCAUUUAUAAAUGAUUUCACUAUCGAUUCCGAUUCACCGGGAGUUGUUGAAAAUACUCAAUUAGAAUCUCGCUCUAAAAUAAAAUUAAAACUUUUGGACAAAAAAAAAUUAAAUGGUAAAGUAAAAAGUCCAGUUAAAAUUAAGAGUCCUGUUAAAAGUAAUAGAAGUCCCAGUAAAAGUGGAGUCAAGGAAAAUAGAAUACCAGAGUUGACUAUAAAUCGUAUUACUUCUGUACAACAAAAAUUAUCCGACUCUAAAGUUGGUAAACUAGGACUUAGUAAGACUGAUGUACAAAUAAGUUUGACACCUUCUGGGAAAAUUUCACGUCAAAGUAAGUUGGUGUUGACGCAGCCUAAACGUAAAUUGUUACUGACUAAUCCAGAUGAAUCUCAUAAUAAUAAUAAUAAUGACAGUACUAAUUAUAGUAAAUCAAUAAUAAAUCCAGAUGAUUUGAAUUUUGAUACAACGUUGUUUGAAAUUCCUUUCACGCAGGAAAAAACUCCUGAAAAAAAAUCACUGGAGCAUCGAGAGGAAGAAAAAAUAGUAGCAAAAAAUUACAAUCCUUUUAAAAAUCAAUCGACUCCUAAAAUAAAUAAUGCGAGUGACAGAAAUAAAACCGCCCGAGUGGAUGAGUCUCAGUCGCUCAUCAGGUCGGUUAAUAAAAAAUCAGUGGAGAGAAAAUCUCAGAGUGAAAUCGCGACUUGCAUCACUCAGGACUUAAACCAGACUGAUAAUAUAAAUGAAUCGGAUUUUUUUUCUCUUGAUAAUAACGUUGACUUUGAGUCCCAGGACUUGGACUCGAUUAAUUUGUCACCUGAUGAAACUUAUUGCGAUGACGCAGAGUCUAUUUUGAAAAGAAAAAAGGCUGUUAGUGAUAAUAGAGAUGAUGCGGGUACUAGUGGAAUUAAAAGAAAGUUUGAGGCUAUUGCUGGUCCGUCAAAUGUUGAUAAUAAAAUAAAUAAUAAUAAUAUUAGUAAUAAACUAACGCCAGAUGAGUUGAAAGAAUUGGAAGUCGUUAAUAUUAGCGACUGGGACACUGAUACUUCGAGUGAUAAAUGGCCAAGUACUCCACUGAAAAAACGUGUUCCUGUUGAUAGUUUUGAUCGAAUACCAGAGAAGAAAAAAACCAGCCCACAAAAUGCUUACAAAGGUGACGUAGUUCGUAAGAAAGACGAGCGAGCUAAAUUACGAGGCUGGGAUUGUUCUGAUUGCGAAAAGUAUUAUAAUACCAUAGGAUUGAGUGAAAAAGAAAAAAGAGAACGUAAAAAUCAAUGCUCACGUCACAGAUCAAAAUUUAAUGAACGAUAUUAUACACCACCUGGUUUUUGGGAUCCAGUUUUCCCUGACACCAUCGACUCGAGUCAAGAAAACAAUUGAUUAUUAUUUAUUUUAAUUAUUUAAAUUGUUGUAAAUAUGUAAUUGUAAAGAUAUUAAAAUUAUUUUUUCAUAAAUAAAUGGUUAUAUAUAAAGAAUAGACUGAUUCAAAAAAAUCGACUAAUUUUUCUUUUCUUCAUUAUAUCGAAAAUAUUGUUGGAAAUGACGAAAAAAAAAAUGCUGUGAAAGUUUGAGCUCUUAAUAUUAACAACUGCCGCAUCGCAAUUUUCUAUUUCCCGUUUAAAUAACAUGGGAAAAUUUAUUUUUUAAGCUUUGGAAUUUUGUAGCUCUCGGUGGGAUCAAUACUUUUGAAUGUUCAAGACAUAUUCUUAUGGGAAAUUUGACGCUGUACAAAAAAGGUCUCUUAUAAUUUUUUGAUAUUUUUAUUUCUUCAAAAGUUAUUCAAAGUUAAAGUUAGAUUGACGAUAAAUUUUUACAUUUUUUAAAUUUUUUGACGCAACCAUCAACUUUAUCCGAAAAUUUCAGAGGACAUUUUUUGUAGAGCUUUUUAUUUCCUACAACUUAU